GGCGAAUAUAUGAAUUCGCCUUCGCAAAUGUCAAUUGAAUAAUUCCUACGACUGGCGAGCAAAUUGUGUGGAAAAACUUGGAAAAAAUUUGGAAAAAAUGUUAACACAAUCGCUUAGAAAUGUUUGCAGAUGGCCGGUGUUACGCCAAUUGCGAUCACAAUCAACAGCAGUGGCCAGCGAACAAACACAACCUGAAAGUGAAGACAUAGCGGUGAUUGAACAACGUAUUUUGAAGCAACCCGACUACUUCCAAGUGCACAAUUUAUUCACAAUACGCGAUUUGUUCAACGCCAGAGUACAUUACGGACACAAAGAGGGCUCCUUAGACGAUCGCAUGCGUCCCUACAUAUAUGGCAGUCGUUUGGGUCAUUUAAUUUUCGAUUUGGAUAAAACAGCCUCACAUUUGCGUGACGCUUUAAAUAUAACUGCUCACAUUGCUUUUAGGGAUGGCAUUAUAUGCUUCUUCAAUCGUAAUGCCUUGAAUGCCCAUUUGGUAGAGAAAAAAGCUAUGGAGGCGGGAGAGUUUUCUCAUACAAGAUUUUGGCGUGGCGGUAUAUUCACAAACGCCAAUGUGCAAUUUGGUGCUGUAACGCGUUUGCCUGAUUUAUGCAUUUUCCUUAAUACACAAAACAAUGUUUUGAAUCAACAUGUGGCUGUGAGAGAUGCCGCCAAAAUGGCCAUACCCACGGUGGGUAUAGUCGAUUCCAACUGUAAUCCAAAUUUAAUAGCCUACCCAGUACCUGGCAAUGAUGAUUCACCAGCGGCUGUGGAACUUUAUUGUGACCUCUUCAAAGCGGCAAUAUUGAGAGGCAAACAGAAACGACGUGAGCUGCUGGGAGAAUCAGUGGGGCAAGAAAUUACUGGUAAAACGAAUUAGGUUGUUGGUUUAGUUUGUUUGGCAAAAUGUUAAAAAAAAUAAAAUUAUGUUAAAGAAAAUUAUUAAAAAUAUACAAUUUUGUUCUUAAAUUAUUAAA